CGACUAAUUGCUUUGACUUUAAUAUUCACAAACAGAAUAUGUUUUAGGUAAGUCAGGGGAGAUCAGACUGUCAUUUUUUCCAUGACAUGACAAUUCUGGUAUUCUGUGUCUCUUUCGUCAGCAGCUCUACUCAGGAAACAAGAAGUGAGAAGUUGCACCCAGCUGAGGGAAGUUAGGCAGAUAGCACUUUGCAGUGAUCGACUCCAUAUCAAGAGUUCAGGUAAAGUCAGCAGCAUGGAUUUGGAUUAUAUUGAAGACCUGGAUUACACUGCAGACAAUGAAACUGAGAACGACACCAGCACAGUUAGAACUGUGAUUUUCAGCAGUUCUCAGCCACGGACUUUGACUCAUGUUCUGGUUGCAGUAAAUAUAAUCAUAUCAGUUGUUGGCCUUGGAGGAAAUUCCUUAGUGAUCUGGAUCUGUGGAUGUAAAAUGAAAAGAACUGUCAUCACCACUUGGUACAUCAGUUUGGCCAUUUCAGACUUUCUGUUCUGCGCCAUUUUGCCCCUUGAAGUUUUCUACAUGAUCACCUCACACUGGCCUUUUGGGCUGGCAUUGUGCAAGCUCACAUCCUCCGCCCUGUUUCUCAACAUGUACAGCAGUGUGUUCCUGUUGGUCCUGAUCAGCAUGGACCGCUGUUUAAUGAUCUCCUUCCCUGUGUGGUCACAUAACCAUCGGACGGUGCGGAAAGCGUUUGGAGCCGUUCUCUUCAUGUGGCUUCUUUCUGCGCUCCUGACAGUGCCUUCAUUGAUCUUCAGGCAGACCAGAGUCCAUGGUACAGUCACUGAGUGCUACACGGGUUACAUGGGCCAGUCCAGGCACAGAGCAGUGGUACUGACCCGGUUCAUCUGCGGGUUUCUGAUUCCUUUCCUUAUGAUCGUAUUCUGCAGCUCUGUGCUUAGCUUCAAGCUGAACCGCCUGACUAUGAGGUCCACAAAGCCCUACAAAGUCAUGGCAGCACUCAUCUUGACGUUUUUCUUCUGUUGGGUCCCCUAUCACACUUUCAUUCUUUUAGAGUUGGACCUGAACAGCCAAAGCUUGGAAGUGCUUCAGACUGGCCUGAAGGUGGGGACCACAUUGGCCGCAGCAAACAGCUUCAUAUCCCCGGUUCUCUACAUUUUCAUUGGUAAUGACUUUAAAAAAACACUAAAGCGCUCCUUGACAUCGAGGAUAGAGGAGGCAAUGGCCGAGGAUUUUCGCACAGGUGGUCUCAAUCACUCAAGGUCCAAGUCAAUGGAAGUAAUCCACAAUCAAAUUAAACCUCUGACAUAGAGGACGAGUGUCUCGCAAUAUAGACAUUUUUGUGGAGCUGAGUGACUUAACCCUGUAUCAUCACAUUUUAUGUUUGACCUCAGUUUCCUAUUUGAAACAUACUAUAUUUUCAUGUAACAGUUGAGGCAGAUGGCUGUUCAUCAUGAGUCUGGUCCUGUUCAUGGUUUCUGCCAGUUAAAAAGAAGCAUAUUCUUAGCAAUUGUUGAAGUACUAAGGCUGAGUGCUGCAGGUGAAUGAAUGUUAGGUCAGGGUACAUUCUAGACCUGCCUUGUAAAUGAAAGUUGGUUGAGUGAUCAAUGUAUCAAUGAAUAAUUCAUCAUGAUGAAAAGCAAACACAAUAUAAAACUUGCUUUCAAUAAAAAAAUCGUAUUUAGUUAGUUGGACUGGGAUGUGAGCGUUUGAUUGGCCACCAACACCUGUCUUGUUUCUAUCUUUACAUCUUUUUAGUCAUGUGUUAUACUUGCGAAUUAAAUUUUUGUGUAAUUUUGUGAUGCUUUUUUUUUUUAAACAUAUCAUUUUGGGCUUUUACACCUUUAUUUUAAAGGACAGCUGAAGAGAGACAGGUAACAUGGGGAGUAGCACUUUGGAAGCCGUUUGCUUAACGAGAUAGAAAAUGUAGGUUAGGCCUAUAUAAGCAUUGUGCUUCUGCCUUUUCAGUCAUCACUCACUAGUGAGUGAUUACUGUUGCUUUCUUGAAAGUGUCUGUACUUUAAAAAUGAUUGUGUUGUAUAAUUAAUGUUCCUUUAGUGGUUUUUUGUUUUUUUUUUUAAAUAAAAGAAAACUUGUAAAACUUC